AGCGGGAGCAGCCUCCCGGGAAGGGUCUCCGUCAGAGGGGCAGGAGAGGAGGUGGCAAGGAGGGAGAGGAACAAUCAGCAGGAAAACAGUGAGGCUGGAGACAGUCCAGGCUGCGAGCGAGCAUCAGAAAUCCUUAAGACUGGGAAAACUCCUCACACGAUGCUGAUGUGCCAUCCUGUGGAGCUGCUGCGGACCAGCUGGGUGCUCCUUGCAGGGCUCCUGGUGCCUUUGCAACAUCCUGCCAAAGCAGUGGAACCCAUCGAGAAAAAAUGCACCGCUGUGGGAUCCUCAGUGCUGCUUCCUGGGCCAGAUAAUGUCACACACAUCUUUUCCACACGGUGGGAGUUCCUCAAUGGCACCCACUCCUGCACCAUCCUGCAGUACUACAGGGGCUCUCACAGCCCCACCAUCCACGUGCCCUACACAGGAAGAGCCAUUUUCCAUCCAUCCAAUGGAUCUCUCUUGCUGGAGGACAUCCAGGAAAGUGACAGUGGCAUCUACAAAGUGACUGUCAACGUGGGAAACAGGGAGAGCCUGAAAAUCCUGCUGGAAGUCCUCAAGCCUGUGUCUCGCCCUCAGCUCUGGAGCAGCACUCUCGUGGCUCAGGCCACUGGUGAGGUGCUCUGUGACGUGGCAGAGGGCAAGGUGGACACCAUCACCUGGAAGAAAGAUGGGCAGCCUCUUCACCCAGACAGAGAUUUCCACCUCUCUGACAGCCUCAGCAUUUUGUACCUGAGGCCGGCGAAGAAAUCAGACUGUGGCUUCUACUCCUGCAAUGCCAGCAAUGGGAUAAGCUGGCAGGAAACCUCCCUGAAUGUCACUGUAGCAGGUCUCUCCCCUCCUUUGCAGGAUGUGCUGAGGAUUGCGGUGGUUGCUGUGGUCUUUGCUGCUGUCUCGGGAUGCGGAUUAAUUAUUCCCGUCUGCCAGUCUGAAAAGCUAAGAAUAAGGGGAGAGCUGUGGAGAUGGCUCAGUGCCUACACCUGCGGGCUGGUGUGCAUCGCCUCCAUCCUGGCCGCCACUGCCGGGAUCCUCUGGAUGCGAGAGGAAGGCCCUUCUAUUGCAAUCAUAUUGCCAGAGAUCGCCCUUACCUAUGUGAUCGUGGUAACCUUCCUGGUCUCGGCCACCGUGACCUUCUGGCCUACAAAGCUCCUCCAACUGAAAAGCAAAACAGCACAGCACACAAUGGGCUACGCUGCUCCCGGAGGAGUGGUUUCAGUGGUACUGACGAUCAGCUUCCUCAUAAAGAACAUCCACCUUCGCCAUGAAGAAGGGUGCACAGAGUUCGUGGAUGUGACCACCCUCACAGUCAGCACAGCAGCCGUGUCAGCCCUCCCACUCCUUGCCAUCUUCCUCUGCUAUCACACGACUCAGGGGUGGAUGAAGGAACAUGACUCCAGCUGGGCGGACAAGGAGAGGUCCACUGAAAUGGCUCAGCCCAGCAGCAAGGAUGCCGUUUCUACCUGUUAGAUGUCAGUUGGGGUGUUUCUCACUUGGCUGAGUCAACCCAAUCCUUCUCCCAGGUUUAAUGGGUUCAGGGCUCUCGGUUUCAGUGGGUGU